ACUUUCUUGGAGACAGUCUUGGAACACGCACUUCUUGACCACUCCGUUAACCGAUUACACUCUAGUUAUUUAAGGAAAUUUUAGCCCUAACAGCGAACUGACCACUGAGAACUGACCACCUAUUUAGCUGACCCUGUAUUUUGACCUGUGAUCCAGUGAAGAAUGAAGUACCUCCUGAUGAUCGUGUCUGCCGUGAACAUUUUCUCGCUAGGUGAGUCGAGUUGGUGACAUAAACAUUACGUUGAAAUGUCAAUGUGCGAAAACUUCAGGUCAUUUUAACAUAGUACAUAGCAAAAUGUCGUUGUUAAAUUCUAAGGUUGGACAAAAUCAAUAAUGCAUGCAAUCAAUGACGGAAUCAAUCAAGCAUGCAGUCAUUGGCGGACCUGUGAAACAAAUAAUACCUUUAGAUAUAUUUGGAAAUUUGUCCAACCAUCGUUAAAUAUUUGAAAAAGGUAUUGAUGUCUUGACAGCUUAAACAUGUAAUAUCAAUUUAACUUAAGGUUGAAAUAUUUGACCAACAUUUUAAUAUCUGACUUAAACGGGAAUCUAACAUCAGACAGACAUAUUCGACCAACGUUUUGGAAUCUAACUUAAGACUUAUUACGACUAUUUAUCAAACAUGAUACAAUCUGAAUUAAGACUGACUUAUUUAUCAACUAACAGAGAAAUAGUAAACAAAUUAUUAAAAAAAAAAAAAACAACACCUUAAAAGUUGACUUUGAAAUUGUUUACCAAGUCUUAUUAAUAUGACUUAUGACUUGCAGGUCAGGGCGCCACCAUUCCACCAUCUUUCGCUUCCAUGUAUGAAGGGCAUAUCACCACCAUCCCUCCCUUUUAUCAACCCGCCCCCGAGGCCAGCAUGUCUCCGCUCAUAGAGCUCAUCAACACCACAGCUGAGGCGGCCAUGUUGCCUUGGACGAACGCAACCGAGGCAGGAAACCCGUUUGGUAAAUAUAAGAUGAACAUGUCUUGCCUGAAUACAAAUUAUACAUGUAUCAAAGUUGUGUAGACAUUUCCGGUGUUGCCACCAUAGUGUUGACCCUACACAAGACAAACCAAACAUGAAACGUACACCAUAUUUACGUAGAAUGCCAACCGAAGUCACUAGAUAGAUCAUUUUUAAUCUUAAGUUCUUAGGAAUGUAGAAACUAUUUUCUUUACUGAUUUAGAACAAUAAUUAUAACGAAGAAAAAAACUACGCCAUGUAAAAAAAAAAAGGAAUAUUACAGAACAAAACUUCUGCUCCCUAGAACAAUGCUUCAAAUGAUAUAGAACAAUUGUUCCUAUGUGGAAGGAAGCAGCUCUGAUAAUAUAGAAAAUAAUCCCCAAGUCGAAACAAUGUAUCGCAUGGUAUAGAAAAAUAUCCCCUAAGAAGAAAUGCCACUACUUAUGAAGAAUAGUUACCUCUAGCCACUAAUUGUGUAGAAUGGCUACCUCUAGCCACUUAUUGUGUAGAGGGGCUACCUCUGGCAACAAUUGUGUAGAAUGGUUACAUCUAACUACUAACUGUGUAGAAAAGUUACCUGUGCCAACUAAAUGUGUAGAAUAGUUACCUGUACCAACUAAUUGUGUAGAAUAGUUACCUGUACCAACUAAUUGUGUAGAAUAGUUACCUGUACCAACUAAUUGUGUAGAAUAGCUACCUAUAUUUAAACAAAUUUAUUUACUGCUAUGCAUAGGCGUAGCGGGGGGAGGGGGGACAGAGGCAUACCUAUGUCCCCGGGUGCCAAGGUACUGGGGCGCCAAAAUGAGGCUUAUAAUGUUACAUUAUAAGUAAAAAAGAGUAAUAACUUGGUCACAAGAUCGGUGCAGUGGCUCAGCAGACGUGUCAUCUGGUGGCCUACUUAUUUGGUCAGCUCAGCAGACGUGUCAUCUGAUGGCCUACUUAUUUGGUCAGCUCAGCAGACGUGUCAUCUGAUGGCCUACUUAUUUGGUCAGCUCAGCAGACAUGUCAUCUGAUGGCCUACUAAUUUGGUCAGCUCAGCAGACGUGUCAUCUGAUGGCCUACUUAUUUGGUCAGCUCAGCAGACGUGUCAUCUGAUGGCCUACUUAUUUGGUCAGCUCACCAGACAUGUCAUCUGAUGGCCUACUUAUUUGGUCAGCUCACCAGACAUGUCAUCUGAUAGCCUACUUAUUUGGUCAGCUCACCAGACGUGUCAUCUGAUAGCCUACUUAUUUGGUCAGCUCAUCAGACGUGUCAUCUGAUAGCCUACUGAUUUGGUCAGCUCAGCAGACGUGUCAUCUGAUAAAAAAAAACAGAUUGUUUUAAAUGUAAAUUGCUUUCCUUAUUCAAUGUAAUAGAAACAAUGUAAUUAAACGGGGAGGGGGUUUGGGGUGCCAAUUUUAUAGUUCGUUCCUGGACGCAAAAUAUCAUAGCUACGCCUCUGCUUCUAUGUAAAAGACCCUUGCAUCAAUGUAUAAUUAUCACCUCUAUAUAGAAGAUCCACCUGUGGAUUAUGUAUAGAAGAUUUACCUGUGGAUUAUGUAUAGAAGAUUUACCUGUGGAUUAUGUCAAAUGAUUAUCUGAAAUUGCGCCAGUGUGUAUCUUGAGAUACUUUAUGUUGAUCUGUACAGGUGUCAUCUGUCCAAGUUUAGACCAGGCAAACGCCUGCCUUCAUGACGCCAUGGGGGAGUUUUACAACGUCAUCUUGAACCCAUUCUUCCUGCGAAACCCACAGUCGGCACAGCUGACCUUCUGCAAGUAAGUGACCAGUGAGCAGAAUGUAGUGGGGCCUCAUACGGCUUCAAGCUAUAACCUAAUGGCUCAACUAGGUUGCCACAUUGCUAAAAUUUCUUGGAAAAUGGCUCUUUGUUAUGGCCAAUGAUUAAACUUAAUGGGCAAAUAGCUUAAUGUUAUGGACAAAGGCUUAACUUUAUGGUCACAAUGGCGUAUCUUAUGCCUUAUUGUUUUAUCUAUAUAAACUAAUUGGCUUAACAGUAUGACCUACGUGGUAAAAUAUAUGACCACAUUGCUUGAAUAUACCACCAAUCGGCUUAACCAUAUGACCAAACAGCUUAAUCUAUCUUUAAUUCACUGCAAUUAUAAAGAAGAAUUGAACUCUAAUCCUGUGACCUAUCUACGCGUCUACUUAAAGAGAAUUGAACUCUAAUGCCAUGACUUGUCUGUGUAGACAUGCAUCUACUUAAGAGCAGACUUGCUGAAGACACAUUUGUAGGCGAGUCAGAUAUAGUGCACUUAACUGUAAAGCUUCAUUUCAUGAAAUCGCCAUUCCUUCACUAGGAUUAAUGACCUUUACAAGAACUGCUCAGCGCCCCAACUCCAGGGAUGCUCUCCCAUUUCUACAGUCACUCUUGAUAUUUUUGAAAACGCUUUUGACAUCUUGUGCUCUCCCCUGGGCUUUAAAGGUAAGGUUUCUUUACGCUCUUCAGUCUGUGUAUGGUCAGUCUGUGGUCAGUCUGUGGUCAGAUGUGUCAGUCUGUGGUCAGUCUGUGGUCAGUCUGUGGUCAGUCUGUGGUCAGUCUGUGGUCAGUCGGUGGUGAGUCUGUGGUCAUUGUGUGGUGUGUAUUGUCAGUCUGUGGUCAGUCUGUGGUCAGAUGUGUCAGUCUGUGGUCAGUCUGUGGUCAGUCUGUGGUCAGUCUGUGGUCAGUCUGUGGUCAGUCUGUGGUCAGUCUGUGGUCAGUCUGUGGUCAGAUGUGUCAGUCUGUGGUCAGUCUGUGGUCAGUCUGUGGUCAGUAUGUGGUCAGAUGUGUCAGUUUGUGGUCAGUCUGAUGUCAGUCUGUGGUCAGAUGUGUCAGUCUGUGGUCAGAUGUGACAGUAUGUGGUGAGAUGUCAGUCUGGGGUCAGAUGUAUCAGUAUGUGGUCAGAUGUGGUUAGUCUGUGGUCAGUCUGUGGUCAGUCUGUGGUCAGUCUGUGGUCAGUCUGUGGUCAGUCUGUGGUCAGAUGUGUCAGUCUGUGGUCAGAUGUGACAGUUUGUUGUCAGAUGUGUCAGUAUGUGGUCAGAUGUGGUUAGUCUGUGGUCAGUCUGUGGUCAGUCUGUGGUCAGAUGUGUCAGUCUGUGGUCAGAUGUGACAGUUUGUUGUCAGAUGUGUCAGUAUGUGGUCAGUCUGUGGUCAGUCUGUGGUCAGUCUGUGGUCAGUCUGUGGUCAGUCUGUGGUCAGAUGUGUCAGUCUGUGGUCAGAUGUGACAGUAUGUGGUCAGAUGUGUCAGUCUGUGGUCAGAUGUGUCAGUCUGUGGUCAGAGGUAUCAGCCUUGGUCAGAUGUGUCAGUGUGUGGUCAGAUGUGUCAGUCUGUGGUCAGUUUUGUCAAUCUGUGGUCAAAUGUGUCAGUGUAUGAUCAAUUGUGUCCGUCUGUGGUCAACUAUGUCAGUGUAUGAUCAAUUGUGUCCAGUUUGUAGUAAAAAAUGAGGCACUUCUUGCAUUCGUGUAAAAAAUAACAUUUUAUGACGACGAAUAAAAGUUGACCUUGAUAUCCAUUUCAUAAUGUUCAAAUAAAUUCCAGACUUCGUCAGCCUUCUGCCUUGCUUGUCAAAUAUCUCCAUAGCAUAUGAGUUGAACUACUGCGCGGUGUCCAUCCCAGUCUUUGCUCUCAAAUCGGAACUUUGCAGGUAGGUUCUCAAAUAACCCGAUAUAAUAGAACUUGAUUUAAUAAAAUAUUAAAAUUUUUAAAAAAUCCUUUCAUAUUUAAAAAAAAAUAAAAUAUAUCGGCAUAUUAGAAUAAAUCUAGCCACUCCUCCUUUGUGUUGUCUACUUCAGAUUACCGGAUUAUUACACAGCGUGUGCAGCAAGGGCGGCUAACUCUAUCUGCUCCAUUGAGGCUGGGAAUUCCAUUCAGUCCCUUUUGAGACAAAUCCUGGCACCAUACAGGGAGGCCGUGUGCUCGUACACAUCAGAAUCUCCCUCUCAGUCUCCAUCAGUGGGGAAUGUAAGCACCACUAGCAAUGCUACACAAACUGUGGGGGCCACUAACACCGCAGCCGAAGAAAAUACAAUAGUUGUAAAAGAAACUACAACAGUAGCCGUAGAAGACACUACAACACCAGCCGAAGCAGAUACUACAACACCAGCCGUAGAAGACACUACAACACCAGCCGAAGCAGAUACUACAACACCAGCCGUAGAAGACA